AUGGUGUUUAGGGUGACAACAUUACGUCUCAGUAAAGCAGGAGGCAGUGUGACAGCAGUGACAGUACCAGCAGUAAGUUUGGCAUCCACCAUUCCAGUUGCAACAAGUGUACAACCUCUCACUGCAGCCCAACUGUCUCAACCUCUCCCAAUAACAUCUGAUGGGUCUGUAGUGGCCCUGCCAACUGCUCCUCCUACACAGCAGGUUGCUGUAGCUCAGCCUGGGCCAGCAGUUGUAGGGUCUGUGGGAGGUGUGCAGGUAUCUUUAGCACAGUCUGGAUUAACAGCUGUUUCUCUAUCCACUGUGUCUCUCAACCCUCAGAUUGCCCCUGCUACUUCCAUGGCCCCAUCCAUGGGCAGACCCUCUGCUCAGAACAUGGCAAUAUCCAUGAGUGGUGCUUCGGGUCAUCUUGUUUCUUACCCCAUCAUGACACAACCGGGUCUCAGGCCACAGUUACAGUAG